GUCUUUCCCAGGGGGACUCGGGGCAAAAGGCGGGGACACCCUGGAGGGGGUGCCAACCCAUCACAGGGCACAAUCACACACACUCACACACUAUGGACAAUUUGGAAAUGCCACAAUCAGCCUGCAAUGCAUGUCUUUGGACUGGGGGAGGAAACCGGAGUACCCAGAGAAAACCCCUGAUGCAGGCAGAGAACAUGCCAAUUCCACACACACAGAGCGGAGGCGGGCUUCGAACCCCCAACCCUGAAGGUGUGAUGUCCCUCCUGAGGCCUCUCCUCCUGGAUGCGGUCCCGACUAUCCAGCAGACGGCCGCUCUGGCUCUUGGAAGACUCGCCAGCUACAACGAUGACCUGGCCGAGGCUGUGGUGAAGGGAGACAUUCUGCCUCAGCUCGUUUACUCUCUGGCCGAGCAGAACCGCUUCUAUAAGAAGGCAGCGGCGUUUGUUCUCCGUGCCGUGGCGAAGCACUCACCCGAGCUGGCACAAGCCGUAGUAGACUGUGGUGCCCUCGAUGCUCUCGUCGUCUCUCUGGAGGAGUUCGAUCCUGGAGUGAAAGAGGCUGCUGCAUGGGCUCUGGGCUACAUCGCUCGCCACAACGGCUCAUUGGCUCAGGCGGUGGUGGACGCAGGCGCUGUUCCUCUGCUCGUUCUCUGCAUCCAGGAGCCUGAGAUUGCCCUGAAGAGGAUCUCUGCUUCAACGCUGAGCGACAUCUCCAAACACUCGCCAGAGCUCGCACAAACUGUAGUGGACACUGGAGCCAUUGCACACCUGGCGCAGAUGACCCUGUACCCAGACGCCAAACUGAAGAGGCACGUGUUCUCGGCUCUCGGCCAAAUCUCCAAGCACUCUGUGGAUCUGGCAGAGAUGGUGGUGGAGGCUGAGAUCUUCCCUGCUGUACUGGCCUGCCUUAAAGACCCAGAUGAGUAUGUGAGGAAGAACAUCAGCACGCUGAUGCGAGAGAUCACAAAACACACCCCUGAGUUAUCCCAGAUGAUCGUGAACGCUGGAGGUGUAGCCGCUGUGAUUGAUUAUCUAGGGGACUCCAGAGGGAAUGUGCGAUUGCCUGGUAUCAUGAUGCUUGGCUACGUGGCUGCACACUCGGAGAACCUCGCCAUGGCUGUCAUUGUAUCUAAGGGUGUACCACAGCUGGCUAUCUGCCUGGCGGAGGAGACGGAGGAUCACAUGAAGGCUGCAACAGCCUGGGCACUGGGGCAGAUCGGCCAUCACACACCUGAGCACGCAAGAGCUGUGGCCAUGUCCAACGUGCUCCCCAAACUGCUGAGUCUCUACCUGGACACACACAGCUCUGAGGACCUGCAAGUCAAGGCAAAGAAAGCUUUAAAGAGCAUCCUUCAGAAGUGCACUUACCUUCCAGCACUGGAGCCGCUCCUCUACGAAGCUCCCAGCAAUGUUCUCAAACACGUCAUCUGCCAGUUCAGCAAGGUUCUUCCACAUGACAGUAAAGCACGGAAGUUGUUUGUAACUAGCGGAGGACUGAAGAAGGUGCAGGAAAUUAAAGCCGAGCCCGGUUCUGCUCUGCAGGAGUACAUCAACGCCAUCAACGCCUGCUACCCCGAGGAGAUAGUCAGGUACUACUCACCUGGAUAUUCAGAAGCACUACUGGAAAGGAUCGAGAACUAUCAGCCUGUUUAGGACAGGAAGCUCAUCUCCACGAUUAGCACUCUUUACGGCUUUAUUAAAUACUCUCAUUAAAUUCAUGGCUCUGUGAUAUUUGCCAUUAGCAUUUGAUUAUUGACCCUGUGUCGCAGCACUGUAUGUAGUAUACUGUCAAAUGGGAUUUUAAUUUUUUUCAAAGUAAAAAUAUGUUUUUAUGUUUUCACACUUUUAUUAAUAAACAACAAGAAAUCACUUAAAAUUGAGAAAUAGAGGAAUAGUAGGUUCUAAAGCAUCAAUAAACCCAGUGAGUGCCUUUUAUUUAUAUUCUUGCUUGUAUAUAUUUUUAUUUGUGUAUAGUUUUCUUUUUAAUAAGCAAGACACACUUGUGGAAAAUGUAACACUUAAGCAUUGUUUUAUUAGGAAUGUCUAUAUAUCUAACUUCCUUCCUAAUUUUUCCCGUCACUAUGAAAUAUGAGCCGCGUGUGUGACGAAUCUGCAGAUACUGAUCCAAAAAUAAAAUAACACGUUUUCAGAAUGGCGAAAGUGUCACAGUGAACGCGGACG